AUGUUAAUGGUGUUGUGUGCCAUAGGGCUCUACGUUAAAAGUUACCGCCAAAUACUUGAAAACCCCAGGAAUAAUUUCUCUGGGGGGUGGAUUGCCUUCGCCGGACUUAUUCCCUUUCGAAAGGUCACGCUGGAUGCCAAAAAGGGAGAUGUGCGGAAGGGCAAAGGCUUUUAUGGUAAUUCAAUCAUGCCGCCGAUGACAAUCCAUCACACCUUUCAGACUGACGUGAGGAAAGACCUUGAGGUAGCGCUCAACUAUGGUCAAGCUAUCGUUCACCACCCCCCUUACUCAGAUUGGCAAUGCUGCUUGACCUCUGGAACAACAUAUGCAUGGGACUCAACACUGCGCAUGUUAACUCAGCGGGGUGACUAUGUCCUCAUGGAAGAAUACACCUUCUCAAGUGCACAAGAAACAGCCCUUCCAUUGGGCUUGAAAAUCGCCCCUGUUCCAAUGGACAAUCAAGGAUUGAGACCAGACAGGCUGGAUGAGAUCUUAACCUCGUGGAACGUGCAGGCCCGAGGGGCAGCCAAGCCACAUGUGUUGUACAUGAUCCCAACAGGCCACAAUCCCACUGGGUGUACACAACCCGCUUCGCGAAGACAGGCUAUAUACAUGGUGGCUCAACGGCAUGAUCUUUGCAUUGUGGAGGAUGAGCCUUACUUCUUUCUCCAAUCGCGAAGGGACAUGGCAAGCGAAAGUCAGGCUAAGCCCAUUGACGACCAAAAGUCCUGUCAUGAACAGUUCAUUCGCAACUUAAUUCCAUCUUACUUGAGUAUGGACAUGGAUGGAAGGGUGUUGCGUCUUGAUUCGUUUUCUAAAGUCCUCGCCCCUGGGCUGAGGGUUGGCUGGAUCGUGGGCCCCGAGCAGCUUGUUGAGAGAUUCACUCGUGGAUGCGAAACUUCCAAUCAAAACCCCUCUGGUGUCUCUCAGCUCAUGAUAUACAAGCUUUUGGACGAGCACUGGGGUCAUUCUGGGUAUCUGGACAGGCUGAUGGAAUUGCAGAGGUCUUACGCAGUACGCCGAAAUGACAUGAUCCGUGCUUGCGAGAUCUACCUACCACGCGAGGUUGUCACUUGGGAAGUGCCCAUCGCUGGGAUGUUUCAUUGGAUUGGCGUUGACUGGAGAAAGCACCCUUGCGCUGAAAGUGGGCUUUCUCCCGAAGAUAUAGAAGAAAAUGUGUUCCAGGCUGCGGUCCAGGCAGGUGUUCUCCUCUGUCGCGGAAGUUGGUUUAGAGCGGGUGGAAGGGCCAUCGAGGGAUCUCUUUACUUUCGCACCACUUAUGCUGCUGCUGAGUCCCAUAAAAUUUCGGAAGCAGUUAAGCGACUUGGAAAGGCAUUCAGACUGGAGUUUCAGCUUGCAGAAUGA